AUGCAUUUCAAGAACGUUCUGGUCAGCCUUGUGGCUCUGGCCGUCUCGGUCAAGGCCAUCCCUGAUGUCGACACCGACUUCAGCCUCGAGGCCCGCGACGACGCUGCUCCUAUCGAGGCUCGUGAUGAUUCCGAGUUCCUCGCUGAGCGCAACUACUACCCUCCCCCAUCUUGCAAGGAGAACGAGUACUACAACUCCCACUCCAAGAAGUGUGUCUGCAAGGAUGGCUACGAGGCCAAGUACGGCAAGUGUGUCAAGAAGACUCCCUCUUGCAAGGAGAACCAGUACUACAACUGGCACUCCAAGAAGUGCGAGUGCAAGGAAGGUUACGAGGCCAAGUACGGCAAGUGUGUCAAGAAGACACCUACCUGCAAGGACAACGAGGUCUACAACUGGCACUCCAAGAAGUGCGAGUGCAAGGACGGUUACGAGGCCAAGUACGGCAAGUGUGUUCCCAAGUGCAAGUGGGGACAAUACUACGAUCAGCAUGCUGGCAAGUGUGUUUGCCCCAAGGGAACCUCUGAGAAGUACGGCAAGUGUGUGAAGAACUGCCCCGAGGGACAGAUCUACAACAAGCACUCUGACAAGUGUGAAUGCCCUCAUGGCACAUCUUGGAAGUACGGAAAGUGCAUCAAGAACUGCCCCAAGGGACAAACCUACAACCAGUGGUCUCACAAGUGCGAAUGCAACAAGGGAACCGAGUGGAAGUACGGAAAGUGUGUCCCCAAGUGCUCCAACGGUCAGUACUAUGACAACCACGCCGGCAAGUGUGUCUGCCCCAAGGGUGAGACCUUCGCCUACGGAAAGUGCAUCAAGACUUGCCCCAAGGGACAAACCUACAACCAGUGGUCGCACAAGUGCGAAUGCAACAAGGGCACUGAGUGGAAGUACGGCAAGUGUGUGCCCAAGUGCGAUCACCCUCAGUACUAUGACAACCACGCUGGCAAGUGUGUUUGCCCCAAGGGAACUGAGCUCAAGUACGGCAAGUGUGCUCCUGUCUGCCCCGAGGGCAAGUACUUCAACAAGGACUCUCACAAGUGCGUUUGCAACAAGGGCACUUCUGAAGUCUACGGCAAGUGUGUGAAGGACUGCCCCAAGGGACAGUACUACGACCGCUGGAGCAAGUCUUGCAAGUGCCCCAAGGACUUGAGCUGGAACGGCCACCAGUGCGCCUACAACUGCGGCCACGAGGCUGAGUACAAGUACGGCGCCUGUGUCUGCAAGAAGGAGAACCAGGUCUUUGACAAGCACUCCAAGAAGUGCUCUUGCAAGCAGGGCUGGUACUACGACCAGCACAAGGGUGGCUGCAAGAAGGGCGGAUACUAA